CUUCGCGUCAGUAUAAAUGUUUUUAAUCUCAAUAGACAAACGCGAAACAUAAGAUACGUAGUAAUUCGGUGAUCAAGGCGCAUGUGUCCAUGUUUUCGACGGUGUUUGACUGCGUUUGACUUUCUCGCUCGCCGCCAUACUUGCAAGGCUUGAGUGUAACCUCCGUACGACACAGUAGCAAACACAGUCGCGCGACGCGAACAUUGAACACACGGUUGCCCGCGUCGCCGACGCCGCCGUCGCAAUUAAAUCCACACGCUGAGCUGCCGGCAUGUGAUUGUCGCCCGCGAGUGUCCGCAUCGCGAUGUCUGUGCAUUACAAGUUCAAGAGUGCGCUCGAAUACGACACGGUCACGUUCGAUGGCCUGCACAUUUCCGUCAAGGACCUGAAGAUCGCCAUCAUACAGCAGAAACGCAUCGGCAAGAACACCGACUUCGAUUUACAGGUCACCAACGCGCAGACCAAGCAAAUCUACGAAGAUGAGCAGUCGCUGAUACCAAAAAACACAUCGUUGUUGAUCGCGCGCGUGCCGCAGGCAGCGCAGACGAAGGCGAAGACCUGGGAAGGAUACGGUCAUGAGACGGUGCAAUCAUCGCGCCAGGAUGACGGCGGGCCGAUCGCCAAAGCGAUGGACUUGGCGAGCCUCGACGCGUCUGAAAGCGAUAAGAUUCUCGCCAUGAUGAGCCAGAGUACACAAGACUACGAUCCCAGCAAUUACGUAAAAAUACGUGGCUCUAACCAGGUUGGGCAAGUGCCGCACAACUAUCGGUGUUAUAAAUGCCACCAGGCGGGUCAUUGGAUCAAAGAUUGUCCAUUGUCACAAAGUGGUGAUACGAUAGACAUCAAGAAGUCAACGGGCAUUCCACGUUCAUUCAUGGUGGAAGUAGAAGGACCGCAGGUGCAAGGAGCCAUGAUGACACCGUACGGAUCGUUUGCUGUUCCUGCUUUGGAUCAUCAAACCUACACGCAGAAAAACCAGCCGGCGCCGGCGCCACUGCCCGUGCAGAAAACCGACAUACCCGAAGAUCUCGUCUGUUCGAUCUGCAGCGACCUGCUCACCGACGCGGUUAUGAUUCCCUGUUGCGGUAACAGUUUCUGCGACGAAUGUAUUCGAAGCAGUUUGCUGGAGAGCGAGGAGCACGAGUGUCCCGACUGUCACGAUCGCGAUAUCUCGCCGGGCACGUUGAUCCCGAAUCGGUUCUUGCGGAAUAGUGUAACUAAUUUUAAAAGCACAACCGGGUAUGUUAAGCGGCAAAUAUAUAAACCGGCGGUUAUCGGGCAAAAUUCUAAUAGGAACGUGCGGGAGACCGGCAAGAACGGCAAGGUUAAAGAUGAGCCGGUCGAGAAGGUGAGCGAGUCCGUUGAGGUUAAUUCGCAGCUAGCGGCCACAGCCAACGACGAUACUGCCGAUUCCACCGAGAAGACAAUCAUCAGUGAAGCGGACUCGACCGAAACGCCGAAAACGCCGCUUUCGGACGGUACGAAAGAACCGCCGCCGACAAAGACAGUAACCGUUAAUCACGCGUUAUCCGAACUGCCUCCAGGUGUAUCUCCAACCCCGGAAAAGUCCCCCGAUGUAAGUCCUAACCUUAAUUCCAAACCAAUUGCAGAGAAAAGUUUACCAUCUCCUCGAGAUACUUCAAGACCUGCGCCGGUCGAAACAGAGGAGCGUUCUGGUACACCCACAGUGGACGAACCAGGCGCCCCACCUGCUGCAGCACCGCCGCCUUUCGUGAAUAUGAUAAACGGUGGUGAUAACUUUUCACCGUAUUCAGUCCCACCUCCUAUUGAUCUUCCACAGCAUCCCAUUCCUGCGAUGCACUCGGCGAGUUUACCAUUGCAGGGGUACGACCAGCCGCCGCGCGUGAACAUGCAUUAUAACCAGCCGCCGAUGAGCCAUUAUCCGCCGCCGAACUAUCGUAUCCCGCCGCCGGGUCAACACAAUUACAUGUACAAUCCGCCGCCGCGUAAUAACAUGUAUGAUAUACCACAUACCGCUCAGCACGGUAUGCCACCACAGGAGAACUACUAUCCCAACAAUAAUAGGGCACGUCCUCGGGAGUAUCCUGUGCGGCCAAUCAACGUGCGGACACCUCCGGGCAUCAUUGAUGAUCCAUUGGAGGCGUUCAAUCGUAUGCUGGCCGAGAAGGACGAGCGCGAGAGACGUGCCAAAGCCAACCGGAAGGGUCGAAGCUACAGUCGGAGUUCUUCACGGAGUUUUAGUCGUUCUCCACUGCCUAGGAGAAGAUCUUCUCGAUCACCACGCAGGCGGAGCCGUAGUAAUUCGUUCAGUAUUAGCAGAUCUCGCUCACGUUCUUACUCUUCUAAUCAUCGCACUUCUCCAUACCGGGAUUACUCGCCGCGGAGACGUGUCAACAGCAGGUAUCGUACUUCACCGCAAACAUCGCCGUCGAGGUAUCGCUACAGGGACGCACCUGAUCGAGAGCGGGAAAGGGAUAGGGAACGUGAUCGUGAACGAAGGUACAAUUCCAGGGAGCGUGAGAGGGCUGCAGAUAUACGACCAAGGGAACGCGAACGAGAACGUGGGCGUGAAAAUGACUAUGGGCCGCCGCGGAUGGAUAUGGAGUCGAGGGAUUAUUCACAACGUCCGCAGUCGUUGUUGGGUGUUGGACCAGGGCCGGGAUCUGGCCCUCCGGAUGGGUAUAACUAUUAUAAUAAUAAUUAUGAUCGCGGGGAACAAUCACGACCUGGUGGACCGAAGUGGCUGCAGGGAGCUGGUAGGCAUGAGUAUUAUCUACCACACUCCCAUCCGCCGGCACACCAGAUCCACCACUCGGAUCAGCAAAUUUCACCGUACCAUCAGCAUCAUUCUUCUGGUAAUGCCCCGCCGCCCAUGUCAAACAGGUACCCAUCACAUGAUUACCCGCAGAACAAUCAAAAUCCUCCUCCUUUGAUGUCGAAUGUAUUCCCUGCUGAAAUUGGUCCUCCAUCACUGCUCCAACAGCAGCCUUUCAAUGAUGUGCUGCCACCUGGCAUUGACCAACCACUCCCACCUGGCGAAGAUCUACCUCCGCGUUACGGUGGGCAUGUCCGACCACCUGCAGACCAUAGCGAGAACUCAAAUGCGCCUGGAGAUGGCCGAAGUGUUGACAGAGGUAGGGAACGUGAGCGCGAUCGCGAACGACAAGAUAUUCACCCGCAUGUCCCACGCGAUAAAGAAAGGGAUCGGGAUAGAGAUCGUGAAAGGGAUCGGCGUGGACACAGUCGUGAUCGAGAACAACGGGAUCGUGGUAGGACAGGGGAACGGGAGCGCGAUCGGGGUCGGGAUAGGGAAAGUACCAAUGACAAAUCAAAAGAGCGACAUAAUAGUCGUUCACCCAGUAGACAAGCGAGUUCUUCUCAAAAGAGAAAGUCACGCAAUGACAGUCCCAAGAAUAGUGAUGACAAGAAAAAAGACAAAGAUAAGGAUAAGGACAAGGGUAAAGAAAAAGAGCGCGCAACAUCCGAUGAAGAAAAGUCCAAGAAAUACAAGGAUAAGAAGAAGAAGCGUGAGAAGAAGGACAGCGAUAAAAAGAAAAAGAAAGAUAAAAAGGACAAAAAGGAUCAACACAAGAAAGAGGAACGCGAGCAACGUAAAGAGGAGAAGGGUAAAGACCGUGAUAAGCCUAAAGACGGUAGUGCAGUAGUCGAGCAGCAAUUAACCAACUCAAUGUCUGCACCUGAAACAACUGCAGUCCCUAGUUCUUCUGCCGAAGAACCCAAACUGUUGCCAAUGAUACAGAGUUCUCAAAAGGAAGAGAACUCUACCCUUUUACUCGACUGCUCCGACAUUCCUCUGCAAGAUCAUCUCGACUUGUUGAGAGCGGACGAUUCUUCAAUUCCAUAUGAACCGGUACCCGCUGAUGAAGUCCGGACGAGGACAUCCAUUUCUCCAGUUGAGAUAAAUCCCUGCAAGGUGACCACUCCGGAAUUACUCACGAAUCCACCGAAACCCGACGAGGAUGUCUUGGAGUUGUACACCGGAGAACUCAAGUCUGAAUUAGACAAGGAGAUGUUGGCUCCUCUGCCCGAACCGUCCAAGUGGGAAGUGGAUGAUGACCACUCACAGAACAGCGCGACAGAGAACGAGGCUACAUUCGACAAGUCAAAGGUCACUCAGGAUGUGCUCAAACGCGCCGAGAACGCGAUUUUCGCCAAGGCGAUCAACGCCAUCCGCCCGAUCGAAAUUAAAAAGAUCAGCGGGGAUCGGGCCAAGCUGUAUUCGGGCGAAAAGGAUAAAGAGGAGGUGUCUCCGUCCAUGAAGGAAGAGAAUAAUCCUAAAGAGAAGCUGAAAGAACAAGACAGCGAGAAGGACCAGCCCAAACCACCACCAGCGCGACUUUCGGUAAAGGAACGCCUUGGACACAAAGUUGAUGACUUGGAGAGGAUUGUGCGUAUUGGUCACAAAGAACCACACAGGUCACGUACCAUAAGUCCCAAUUCUAAGCGGGCUUUGGAAAAUAAAGAGAGACGCAUCACGGAGGUGGACACACGAGCUGGGCGUCGUGGGGGCGGUGGUGUGGACGAUAGAAGUCGAGAAAGGGAACGCGACAGAGAUCGCCGCGAUCGCGGACGAGGCGAUAGACGUGAAGGGCGAAGAAGCAGUCGGGAUCGCGAGGCGGAGUAUCGCAAGGACGACAAAUUAAACAUGGGUAACAAGGAGCGAAUCCGUAAUCGUCUGGGAGAACGCGAAGAUAUUCGGGACCGUGGACCAGGCCCAUCUGUAAAUCGAUCAACCAGUGACAAACGGAAACGUAGCCGGUCAAACAGCGCCUCGUUUUCGAAAGACCGAAAAGAAGAACGGCAUCGAAAAAAAGAGAAAAAGACAAAACGGGACAAAGACAAAGAGGGUACCCGAGAGGCAGAUAAGGAGCGUGAACGAACCAGAGAUCGAGAACGUGAUCGACGGAAGCGUAAAGAAACCGAAAUCGGUCCGCCAACAAAAGACAAACCCAUGGAGGAAAUGAAACAUAACGAGAAUAGAACAAUGGUUAUGAAUGGUGAAAUUGUAGGUCCUUCACAUGCAGUGCUGCCGCCUGAAAUCACCCGCAAAGAUAUCCUGAACGAACAAGACUUCGUACCCGACUACGAUGCUGAAUCCGAGCAUGAGCAAGCGCCGCAGUCUCUGGAAGAAUCGAAAAAGCCGGAUUCGCCCGCAAAGAAAAAACGUACGGAGAGUUUAUCAAAUAGCUCAUCGGAUUCAAGCAGCGACGACGAGCGCAAACGCAAAAAGUAUAAAAAGCACGCUAAGAAAAAGAAGCGUCACGAUUCAUCAUCAUCUACUUCCAGCGAUAGCAGCUCCAGCGAUGACGACAAGGAGAAAACCGCCAACAAGCGGCGCAAGCACAAGAAGAAGAAGAAGAAAAAGAAGAGCAAGCACAAGUCCUAAAAAUGGCGGCCGGCCCUGCCAGAUAGCAAAGUGAUAUGUGUAUGAGCGAAUGUAUGAAUGUACGAUUGUGAGAAUGAUGCGGCAGCAUGUGGAGACCGCCUCCGGUGAUAGAUGAACUAUAGUUACGGCGACGCGGGUGACAUCGUCCCCACAAUGUGCUGUCCUUUGGCGUGUGGUGAGUGUUUGCUGUCAUUGUACUUUAUGUCUAUUCGCCUGAACAGGUUUAUUAAUUGCCACAAUUGUCGCGGUGGGUUUACGCGCCGCGAAUGAUUGCAUUUUGUAUCAGGCUGCAGUCAUUCUUGCGACAAAUAAAGCCGUUGCGAUUCUGUGCGUAUAUGAAUAUAUAAUAAUUUAAGGAUUUAUAGCUGCAAGGAAUUUAUAUAUAUGACUUUUAUUUACUGAUUUGGUUUGCUCCGCUUUACAAACUUACAGCCAGGAAAAUAUAUCUAUAUAUGAUGCGUGCGAUUGUAAUUGUAAGGGCGACUAAAUAAAUUCAAACUGAUCAAUUA